ACAAUUUUAUCUUGAAAAAAUACGGUUUCUGUGUUUAUUUAGUGAAAAAUUCUAAUGUCCUGUACGUUAUUAAGUGACGUAAUUUCGAUAUUUAAAAGUGUGUGACUCAAGGGAAAAUGGACCUUUGCUUUGGAGAUUUUCAAGCUCUUUGUCUAGAUCAAAAAAUGGAGAAUAUGGAAGUUGCCGAGUCAAUAAUCCUGCCAAAUAAGGAGGCUGCGUUGCCAAAUGCAAACAGCAAGGAUCAUCAGCAAGGUGUUUCGGUUGAUGAGAUGACAUCGCGGGAUUAUUAUUUUGAUUCCUAUGCUCAUUAUGGAAUUCACGAGGAAAUGUUAAAGGACGAGGUUCGUACGGUGACUUAUCGAAAUUCAAUGUAUCACAAUAAGCAUUUAUUCAAAGGGAAAAUUGUCCUUGACAUUGGCUGUGGAACUGGAAUUCUCUCAAUGUUCGCGGCAAAAGCGGGCGCCGCACGUGUCAUUGGCAUCGAAUGCUCAAAUAUUGUUGAGUACGCGCAAAAAAUUGUCGAGGCAAAUAAUCUUUCGAAAACAAUAUCAAUUUUAAAGGGUAAAGUUGAGGAGGUUAUUUUACCCGAUGGAAUUGAAAAGGUCGACAUCAUCAUAUCGGAAUGGAUGGGUUAUUGUCUAUUUUAUGAAUCAAUGCUCGACACUGUUCUCUUUGCCCGCGACAAAUGGCUUCGCGAAGACGGAAUGCUCUUUCCCGACAAGGCAACACUCUUCAUCUGUGGUAUUGAGGAUCGACAAUAUAAGGACGAGAAAAUCAAUUGGUGGGACGAUGUUUAUGGCUUUGAUAUGAGCAGCAUAAGAAAGGUGGCAAUUAGUGAACCUCUCGUUGAUAUUGUCGAUCCAAAGCAGGUUGUGACAAAUUCAUGUCUCAUUAAGGAAGUUGAUCUCUAUACAGUGACAAAGGCUGAUUUGGAAUUUUCCUCGCCAUUUAAUCUUCAGGUGAGACGAAACGAUUACGUCCAGGCACUCGUGACAUAUUUCACUAUUGAAUUCACCAAGUGCCAUAAACGAACUGGUUUUAGUACCGCUCCUGAAUUACCCUAUACACAUUGGAAGCAAACUGUCUUUUAUUUCGACGAGUACAUGACGGUGAAGAAGGGCGAGGAAGUUUACGGUACAUUCUCAAUGAAACCAAAUGCAAGAAAUUAUCGAGAUCUUGAUUUUAUGGUUGAAAUUGAUUUCAAAGGUGAAUUAUGCACAGUUCACGAGACCAAUAAUUAUCGCAUGCGCUGAUAUCGAUCUGACAUUGAUUCCACGUCGUCAAUUUAGAAAUUUUCACCGAGUCAUAUUCAAAAGCAGACUCUAAAAAUUCAAAUAAAAACAAAACUGUAUAAAAAUGUUAAGAAUGGACUUAUAAUCGACGAAAAAUAUUAUCACAAGAAAAAAAAUGCGGUAAAACCAUUACCGUUAGUUUUUAUGUAAAAAAUAAUUGUGUUUUGCGAAUUAAGAAAAUUAAUUUCUAAUUGAAUACUCGAAAUCCUCGGAAAUAGUUUACAUCUAUUUUCAAAUCAUGAAUCGAAUUUAUGAGCUUUCAGUAUUUAUAUUUCGAAAGAAUUGCUUUCGCUUCAAAGUCUUUAUGAAACAAGACACUCUUCCCAGAUUCUUGAUUUUGAAUUAAUUCAGUUAUUGAGAAGCCUUCCGAAAAAAAAAAAUUCCAGUAAAUUAUUUCUCCGAGUUUUUUUUUGUUUUUAACUUGUACUGUAAAACGUUUUCUUAGAAUAUUCUAGCUCAGUCAACUCUAUUGACGAAAACAAAUUUUGUCCGUUGUCAAAUUAAAUUCCAAAAUACAGUAUUUUCUCGUCCAUGAUUUAUGAAUUAAACUCUCAGUUUUUUGACGAAUUUGUUUAGUUAGAGAGAAAAAGUUGUUCUCAACGAAAAUAUUGAAAACAUAUAAAAUAAUUUUUAUUAAAAAUAUUUUUUAUAUAUCUCAUUUAUAGAAUGCUUUAAAUAAAUUUUUUUUAAGCAGAAAAAUUAUUUUAUAUGAUAUUUCAUGUACAAAAUGAGACAAAAAAAAAAUGUCGAUCAAGAAAUGAAAAUUGUAGAUCGAAAGAGUACAAAUCAAUAGAAACUGUCCUUAUUUUUUCUCGUCUUUUUGGUUCAUUUUGAACCUCAAUGGAGGAAAAUAAAUAAAACUCUCAAAAAAAAAAAUUGUGACACGAAUAAAAAAAAAAAAUAAACAGAUUAACAGUCUUGCAGCAUAAUUUUUGCGAUUGCUGCCCUUAGACGUUUUAAGUGGAUAUGACAUUUACGCGUAGAAUACUAUAAGUUAUUACAUCGAUGGUUUUUUACGUUUCCUACGUGUAGAUUAACGAUAAAUAUAGAAUUUGAUUCCAAGACGAA